AUGGCUGCUGUUGCUGUGGUGGCGCCAUUCUUUCCGUGCCAUCAUCCCCUCCCUAUUUUCCACCACUGUCACCAUUAUCAUAAAUCAACUCGAAAUCCAAUCCUUAAUCCAUUACGCAAAUUCCCUGUUCCCACAAUUCCCCCUCCUGUUCUGGGCACGAAUUCGCUUAGCCCAGUUACUGAAAGUUCUUUGCUUGGUGAAAUAACAAAGCUUUGCGAAUCUAAAUUUCUCACUGAAGCCUUGGAUUUGCUUCAAGGAAACCCGGGAGAAACCUUUCUUGAUCAAACCCAAAAAAGUUUAGCAUUGGGAAUACUGUUACAGGCUUGUGGUGUGCAGAAAGACAUUGAAAUUGGGAGACAAGUUCACAGAUUGAUAAGGACGUCGACCCAUUUGAGAGACGACCCUGUACUCAAUACUCGAAUAAUUACAAUGUACUCAAUGUGUGGUUCUCCAUUAGAGUCUCGCUUUGUGUUUGAUAGGUUACAGGAGAAAAAUCUUUAUCAAUGGAAUGCACUUUUGAAAGGAUAUACAAGAAAUGAGUUAUACUGUGAUGCUUUAUGCUUGUUUGAGGAGCUGGUUUUGACGACGAGAUAUAGACCUGACAAUUUCACGUUUCCUUGCGUGAUUAAGUCUUGUGGGGAAAUUUUGGAUGUGGAUUUUGGAAAGUUAAUCCAUGGAAUGGCUGUGAAAUUGGGGUUGGCUUUUGAUGUUUAUGUCAACAAUGCUUUGAUAGUUAUGUAUGGGAAGUUUGGGUCUCUUCAUGAUGCCAGUAGACUGUUUGAACAUAUGCCUGAGAGGAACUUGGUUUCAUGGAACUCUAUCAUUUCUGUGAUGUCUCAAAGUUGGCAUUUUGAAGAAAGUUUCAACUUGUUUUUUGAAUUAUUAUUGGCCGAGGAACUGUCUCCAGAUUCGACAACUUUGGUGAUUAUUUUGCCUGCUUGUGCUGGGGACGGAGGUUUAAUGAAGGGAAAGGUUGUUCAUGGUUUGGCAGUGAAAUUGGGGAUCUCCGAGGAUUUGAUGGUGACCAAUGCAUUGGUUGACACGUAUUCAAAAUUUGGUCUUCUUUGCGAAGCAAGAAUUCUUUUUGACAGCAAUGCUAAUAAGAGUGUUGUUUCCUGGAAUUCCAUCAUUGGGGGUUAUUCUAGAGAAGGAGAUGUUGAUGGGACAUUUGAUCUACUUAGAAAGAUGCAUCUUGAGAGUAGCAUUAUGAAGCCUGAUGAAGUAACAGUGUUGAACACAUUGUCUGUCUGUUCAACAGCAUCCCAGCUUCUGAGCUUGAAGGAACUUCAUGGAUAUUCUAUUAGACAUGGAUUUGAAGAUGAGUUGUUAUCCAAUGCUUUUAUAACUUCAUAUGCAAGAUGUGGCUUAAUAGAAACUGCUAGGAUUCUCUUCGAUAGAUCGGAAAGUAAAACAGUAAGCACUUACAAUGCAUAUAUAGCCGUCUGUGCCCAAAAUGUGGAUUGUUCCAAAGCUCUAGAUAUCUGCCUUGAAAUGAGACAGUCGGGCAUUAAUGCUGAUGCAGUUACAGUUGCUAACCUUCUCGUUGCCUGCAGUCACUUAAAAUUACUUUUGCUUGGUAAACAAGUUCAUGGUUUUGUUCUUAGAAAUGGAUUGGAAGCAGAUCAUUUCAUUAGUUCUUCACUAAUCUCAUUCUACUUUAGAUGUGAGGUUCCGAGGCAUGCACAGGCUUUAUUCAACAUGAUGGACAUUAAAGGGUUGGUGGAUUGGAAUGCAUUGAUUUCUGGGUACUUCCAAAAUAAUUUGCCCAGUAUGGCUCUUGAUUGCUUCCGUCAGAUGUUAUCUGAUGGGUAUCAACCUGAUGAGAUCACCAUGGUAAGUGCCUUGGGUGCCAUUUCACAGUUAUCAGCUCUACAGAUUGGGAAAGAAGCUCACUGCUUCUCGUUGAAGGCAGACCUGUUGAAGGACAACUUGGUUGUUUGCGCACUAAUUGACAUGUAUGCGAAAAGUGGUUUGAUAGAAUUCUCUGAAAAGAUUUUCGAUCUGUCACAAGAUAAAGACGCUGCAAUUUUUUCAGCUAUGAUUUCUGGUUAUGCGAUUCAUGGACAUGGAGAGCUGGCAGAUAUGCUAUUUCGAGACAUGAGCAAACUGAGCCUGAAGCCUGACCACUUCACUUUCAUUGGCCUUCUAAAUGCGUGUAGCCAUGCAGGGCUCAUUGAAAAUGGUCUCAAGUAUUUGGCUGAGAUGCAACCAUUACACGGUGUGGAGCCUAAAUUGGAGCAUUACGCAUGCGUGGUUGACAUGCUUGCUCGAGCAGGACGAUUUGCAGAUGCUUUAGAUCUCAUUGGUGUGAUGCCUGUUGAACCAGAUGAAAAAAUUUGGAGCUCCUUGCUUAGUUCGUGUAUAAUUCACAAUGAGCUGAGUUUGGGAAAGAACUUUGUUGACAAAUUGUUGGAAGUUGCACCAAACAGAGCAGAGAGUUAUGUGCUAGUUUCCAACUUCUAUGCUACUUUUAGGAAAUGGGAUGAUGUGAGAAGGGUCAGGGGAAGAAUGAAAGAGAUAGGACUACAGAAGGAUGUAGGUUGCAGUUGGACUGAAGUUGGAGGGAAAAGCUAUAGCUUUAUAGCCAGUGACGAAAUGCUUCCUGAUUGA